GAGAAGGGAAGAGUGAGAGUGAGAGAGAGAGUGAGAGAGAGAGAAGAAACGGGGUGUUGCCGCCUCAGAGACACACUCACGCACGGAGUAACAGCAGCAGGCUGAGAACAGAGCAUCCCCCCAUACUUCUCUCUGGGAAAUCCUGUUUGUUUUUUAAUUAUUGAAGCAUUACAAAGACUUUUGUAUUAUUAAUAAAAUCUGAGACCGCACGAGCAUAGCAUCAGAGGAGCGGCUACUACAGAAAGCAGCGCCGAAGCUGAAGCGUUGAAGCAGACGGACAUUGUUCAGCACCUUGGAUAGCGACCAUGGCUCCAAUGGUGGAGGAUGGAGCUCAGCUCGUGGCAGUGCCAGUAGGUGUUGCUGUGGUGAGUGUCUUCGGCCUCGUAUUCACUGUGUCAGCCUUUGCGUGGAUCUGUUGCCAGCGUAAAAACACCAAGUCCCAGAAGACACCUCCGUACAAGUUUGUGCACAUGCUCAAAGGAGUCGACAUUUACCCAGAGAGCCUCAGUGGCAAGAAAAAGUUUGCUGCGCCUCCCACCACAGCAGCUAACGACACCAGUAAAACAGAUGUCAAUGGAAACUGCCACACCGCGCCACCAGUGAAUGCAGCUGGCACAGACAAACUGGCAUCAAGCCCAAAUGGCUCCAGGCCAACUCUCCAUCUGGACCUGGAGAAACGGGAUCUGAAUGGCAACUUUACCACUAAACCAUUUCAUCACCACCAGAAGCUGCGGAGCUCCCCAGAUCUGGAGCUGCCUUCUCCCCAUGCAGGGUUCACCCAGCCUGGUGUGAUGGACCGCCGUGACCUGCCUUCACCAUCCAGUACUCUCUCCAGCCAAGCACCCACCCCGGCUGUGGACAGGCCCCAGGGGGAAGACAAGGAGGCUGGACUAGGGACCCUCCACUUUUCCCUUGAAUACCAGGAAGAGAGGAAGGCAUUCAUUGUUCAUAUCAAGGAAGCCCAUGGUCUGACUCCAACUGACGAGCAGUCGCUGACCUCUGACCCUUACAUCAAGCUGACCCUACUGCCGGAAAAAAAGCACAGGGUGAAGACCAGAGUCUUGCGAAAAACUCUAGACCCCACUUUUGAUGAGACCUUCAGCUUCUACGGCAUCUCACUUGCUCGUGUGUCAGAGUUGGCCCUUCACUUCAUGGUGCUGAGCUUUGACCGGUUCUCUCGUGAUGAAGUCAUCGGCGAGACCCUUGUUCCCUUGUCUGGGAUCGACUUGUCCGAGGGGCGUGUCCUCAUGAGCCGAGAGAUAAUCAAGAAAAAUGUCAAGAAAUCUUCAGGUCGUGGUGAGUUAUUGCUGUCCCUGUGUUACCAGUCCACCACCAACACUCUGACUGUAGUUGUUCUCAAAGCUCGCCACCUCCCCAAGACUGAAAACAAUGGACCUACAGAUCCAUAUGUCAAGGUGAACAUGUAUCAUGGAAAGAAACGCGUGUGCAAGAAGAAAACCCAUGUGAAGAAAAGCUCGCCUAACCCGGUGUUUAAUGAGCUCUUUGUCUUCGAUCUACCCUCCGAAGAGGGCCUGAGGGACACCAGCGUGGAGCUACUGCUGAUGGACUCAGACAUGGGCAACUCACGCUGCCCCAACACCGUCAUUGGGCGCCUUGUGCUGGGCACAUCGGCGGCAGGUACUCCCGGGGAGCACUGGAGGGAGAUCUGCGACCACCCGCGUCGCCAGAUCGCCAAGUGGCAUGUCAUGUCAGAGGAUUAGAAAGUUGGGGUGUUGGUGGCUCCUGUCAUCCAUAUCUGAUCUGGUUCAACCACGAGAGGGACGGAAUGAGGAUGGGUGGGAUCCAACAUCCUGCUUGCCAGUAACCAAUGGACUUAAAAUGAGGGCGGGUUGAAUAAGGGGGGAGUGGACUUUGAUGUGUGUAGGAGGGGUUCAUUUCAAGUGAUGUCAUCAUUCAAUCGUUCAUUCAUUCAAUCACCUAUCUUUGAAGUAUUUGGGGUUCAGUGGGAGGGCAGGGGCAUGACAAAAGGAACCCCAAAGCUUUAAACGAUUCCAAAGACUGUCACUGAAAAUCACCUGGAAACAUGCAGCAUCAUCUACAUGCAAGCAACCAAUUGUCACUGUAGCCGUGUGCAGUGCAGAAUGUCUUUAAUGUUGCUAUUACUCUUCUUCUUUUCCUCUUCUUCUUCUUCUUCUUCUCUUUCUUCAGCUCUUCCUCCUAUAAAUAGUAACCUAUAUUCCAUCAUAUGAAAACCAGAAUGAACCACAUCUGACACAGCUGUAAAAAAGUGGAUUAUUAUUAAAGUUUAUUUUAUAAUGACAAUGUUUUCAUCAUAAAGAUGUAGACUGUUUUUAUUUAUCUUUUUUUUAUUUGUACUCUUGGUUUGUUGAACAUGUUUUGUAAGUAUAAGUGGUAUUUCAUAUAUCAUUUUCUUAAGUGCAAGAAAGCCUAAAUUAGGUGGUUGGAGAAUAGAUUGGAACUGACUGACUGCAUCGGGGACAGUAAUGUGGAUGCAUUUACACACGUGUGAGAGGAUGCGCGUCUUUCGAAUAAAGUGUCCUGACACCACUGUGUGAGUUUGUGUGUGUGUUUGUGUGUUAAAGAGAUGGGAGCCGCAUAAUAUUUACGUUGUGUUUUGUCCCCUUUACUGUGAGCACAAAGACGGCUGAAAUGUAAAUGUAUGUACUUAUAAAAUAUGGCAAGUUCUGAGAAAGAAAA